ACUCUGCUUUCUGGCGAAGGCGCGUUUGCUCGGGGGCAUGGGACUUGCUCUGCUUCAUCGAGUAUCUCUGCAUCACAAGACUGUUCAAGUUCUUCUUGGCUGUCAUACUCGUCCUCGUCGUGCUCUACGCCUGUUAUAUCCUAUGCAAGAUAGGCGUCGUCAAGUGUUUGGCCAAGAACUCCUGCAAGGUGGUGUGCAUGCCCUUCUGGGGCUGCUGCCGCGUGCUCUGCCACCUCUGGCGCAAGGUGCGAGACACCGAGCGAGUGUACCGCGGCCGGCGCCAGCCCGGCGACAUCGAGGCGGGGGAUCUCAGCACGAGAAGCUAUGGCUACAGUGGCUCGUCGUCGCCGUCCUCCUCCUCCGAUUACAGUGGCCACCGUGGGCGCGCCGUAGCGGCCAGGUCCAAAUGGGACUCGUCGUCGUCGGCGCGGGAGAGGAGGAAGGACAGGCUUCGGCAGUCCCUGCGCACGAGGAGGGCCAACUCCAAGGUGGAGCACGCCAUGAGAAUGAGCCGUGAGAGUGAAAGAGAACGCCGGCACCCCCAUCAUCCCCAUUCGAUCGGGGCCAGGAGGAAGGAGGCUUCGUCCCUUCACGAACAUGGCUCGGCACCUCGUGACCAUGCUCAUGCGCACCGCCGUACAUGAAAGGCAACCUUUGCCGAUUCCGCCUGACAUUGGCACUGCUAGUGUACAGUAGAGUACCUGUAGUAAGUUUGUAUCCCAUCAAUUGAUUAUAUCCUUACACAGGGAUCAUACAAAAAUAAUACUUUGAUUUUGGUA